CGUUUAUCUUGCUAUGAGGACCCUUCAAGUACCCGCGAUUGAGAAAAGUAAGCGCGUGUCUCCCUCAAGUCUGUGUACGCCGUCCUGAUAGCCGCCAUGAUUUGCUUCUUUCUCUCGCUAUUUGCUCAAGUCUUCCAGCCAGGCUGGACAGGUGUGAACGAGCGCACCUUUAUUGCCAUAAAACCAGACGGCGUGCAGCGGAAACUGGUGGGUGAAAUCGUGCAGCGCUUUGAGAAGAAGGGAUUCAAACUGGUGGCGCUCAAACUUGUGAAGGCAUCUGAGGACCUUCUCCAGGACCACUAUUGGGACCUGAGGAGCAAGCCGUUCUUCCGUGGACUCAUCAGCUACAUGAGCUCCGGUCCAGUUGUUGCCAUGGUGUGGCAGGGUCUCGACGUGGUGAAGACCGCACGCAAGAUGCUGGGCGAGACCAACCCGGCUGAGUCGCUACCUGGGACCAUUCGAGGAGAUUACUGUGUGGACGUGGGAAGGAACGUGAUUCACGGCAGUGACUCUGUGGUGAGCGCCCAGAAGGAAAUCUCUCUGUGGUUCAGGCAGAAGGAGCUCCAGCACUGGGAGAGCAGCAGCAACCCCUGGAUCUACUGAACACUUUAGACUUGUGUGGCGCUUGCUGGUCAUUUUGGUGUCAUCGUGAGAAUGGAGCUUGGCGGACUUUGGCUGUAGUCACUUGUAACCUCAGCCGAGGUGAACUUGCGAGGAGCAUCUCUGGAUCUGGCUUCAUUUCUACCCUAGAAAAAGGUAUUUUUGCACCGAUUUUGAGGUGAGUGCACUAAGCAACGGGCUCUACAGCCCACCAGCUCAGUUAUUAAGCCUCAUUUAGAUUCACUAUAAAUGCUAUGUUUUAAAGGCAAAUGAAACUUAGGAUCCCUAAAUAUUUAAGUGUAUAUGUCUAAUUUCUAGUUUAACAAAAAUGUUCUUGUUUAACUUGGGCAUGUUUUGGAUAGUUCUUUUAAAAAACUGAAUACAUUUGACACAUAAGAUUUUGCCCUAUGUUAACUUCGAUAAUUAUAUGCUUUCUGAAUUUGCACAGCAGCAAGUGUCAAUUUUUUGGAGUGAAAAAGGAGCUGAAUGUCUAGAAAAGCUUUUUACAAGUUCAAAGCUGUAUGCCAGCGUUUGCCUUUUGUGCAGACACACAUUGUGCUUUAAAGUGUAGAAUGUCCAUAAAUGCUGCAUAAAUGUAGAAAUACAUGUCAAACUACUUUGCAAGCAACAAUCCUGCCCAGUUAAAGUCUCAAUUGUUGUUGCCAAUACGUUUUGUUUACAUUGGCAUUGACAUAUUAAAAUAUUUAACUUUUGAUGCGAUUGUGAGAUGCGCGCACACACACACACACACACACACACACACUUUAUCAGCACACGUCAUAUGUUUAAUAUUCAGUCCACACAGAUCAAUGCAUGAAUGAACAUAGUGAGCAAAGAGGAUGGGCUUUGGAGUGUUAGUGGACAUUUACAUUGACCCUGUACACACAGUGACAACACGCCACCUGUUUUAUGUCAUCUGAAGCACUGCCACGGCCUUCUCAUUGACAUUGUUUCUUCUUAAGGUACUGACUAGAUAGGAUUUCAUUUUAAUAUACCUUCCAUUCACUUCAGCAAUUCCUUGUGGAUAAAAUAUCAGGGAUUGGCUUCUGAUGGCAACUUGAAAUGCAAUCUAAUGAAUGAACCCCAAGUUUCUGGUACAUACAUUUUGGGCUUAGAGCUGCUUUGAGAAGAAGUCCAGGUUUAUCAGAAGGAGCUGGGGAUGAUGCAGGACGAUUGAGGUAAAUAUACUGUAGAAGUAGGUAGUGCGUGUGCUUCAAGGGUGACUAUACCACAGAUAAGAGGGGUCGGGUUACAAGGCUCACAAUGAUAUUUAGAAUGCUGUGGAGGGGACAGCAUGGCAGGCAGUUGGGAAUUUACAAGCCAUUAAAGUUAGGUGACGGGGGCACGAGGGAUGAUGCACAGCUUGUAAUGUUUCUUUUUUCCUUCAUUUUUAGAGCCAAGGGAGAACUUUUACAUGACCAGGGAUUAAUUACAGAGUGGCUUGGGCGGGUGGGGGGGUUAAUUCAGAGCAGAAGAAGGGUGUCACUCGGGUACGUAAGACACCUGCCAGACGAUGAUGUGACUUCGCUCUGCUUUGCACAAAGUAGGUUUGGCCUGCGAGGCUCCAUUACUCUCGCCUUCCUCUGUCUCCUCAUCCUCACCGUCCCCUGAAGGCAACACAAAAAAUAAUAAUCUUCUCAAAGCAUGAUACAUCAUUUCCACAUAUGAUGAUAUAUGGAUUUUCACUUCCAAUUUAGAUCACGGUUGCAGCAACAACAAAAAAAAAAGUGCAAUUUUGAGGCAAAUCUUAUCCACGUGUACAAUUUGGUAUUUAAAACGUUAACGCUGUAAAUGUUAGCAUACUCCUGCAUAAUCAACUGAUUGUCAUUUGCUCAUUUUGAAGAUAAACUAUGAUUUGAAAGACUUUGCCGGUCAUGCAGCUUGGCUCUACGCCGCUAGAGGGCACUAAACUUUCACAAAUGUGAUGUAUUGUAGUAUUGCCGAGUGACCACUGGAGGGCAGUGAGCAGUCGCACAACCACCAAGAAAGGGAAGAAACAAGCGGAACAUCACCUAUUUGAAACUAUAAAUAUAAACAGUAACACUGCAUGACCUCAAUCUUUUAAGCUUCAAAAGUGUGCAUAAUAGAUCCAAAUAGUUUAACAUUCAGUCUUUUUCUGCUGUAAAUGGUAAAUAAUUCAUUUUUCUAAAGGUAG